AUGCUUUCCCUGAACAUCAUCGUUCUGAAUCUUGUUACCGUGAUGCGUACCCCUGAUGUGCUCUACCUCCUUCUCAGUGGCCAAUCGUGGACGUGGAGAAAGCUUGGCGCCAACAACACGACUUCACCUUCGAAUGAUCCUUUCACCCUUUCACCCACACCUACGAUAUCGCCACUUCCAUCACCCACUGUCACUUCUCGUCUGUCAGAAGCCUCUAUGCUCCAAAAGGUCAGUCGUGAGCUUGCUCUCAACGUUGCCGCCAACAAAGAAGCUGAGGCCACAGCUAAGCAGCUCUUCGGCCAAAAAGUGGAGCAGAAAGAAGCCACUAUCGUGCGUAUGGAGGUGAAGGUCGAGGGCCUCCAAACGGAGCUCGCUCAGAAGAAGAGCGACAUCUCCAACCUAUUGACACUACUUGCGAAGAGAGCCAGCUACGUGGCCCAGAGAAAGCAGGUGAUUCGCAGCAGUGGCGUGGAGCUGCCGAAGCCACUCAAGGGUAGGGAGUUUCCAGGAUGGGAUGACUUCAAGGACCCAGCGGAGACUGUUGCUGCAUUGCAUCAGUAA